AUGCUCCCUGGCUGGCUGCGGGAGGAGGUGGUGACUGCGUCCUUGCUAGAAGCCCUUACCUGUUUUUGGGAACAUAAUAGAGCCCACCCUGACAAGGAUCUUUAUACCUCUCGCAUACCCACUGUUCCAGAUGGUUUAGUGCCCUUCUUUUGGAGUUUGCCUCUAACGCCAUUGACAACGGCCCAGGUGGCCAAGUUAGAUGCCCCCUUUUCUGGUGAGGAACUUUCUUUAUCUAUUGCUUCUUUGCAGUUGGGGAAAACUCCGGGACUGGAUGGCAUGAUUGGAGACUGGAACUAUGUGACCACUAUUAUCUCCCAGUUUCGGUACUUCCAGCAGAGACAUGCGGUGAGGGCGCAGUUUGGCUCUCUUGGCGUGACUCCAGUCUUUUCUGAUGUGGAGCUGCUUCUGGGUACCACUGACCUCCCUAAACCCCUGACUCAGGGAUAUGCAUUGGUACAGUCGGCAGGUCCAAAUCCGUUUGAGUUGGCUUUUGUUAAAUGGGUGGGGGAUAUUCCUGAUUUGACAGACGGACAAAGGCGAGAAGUGACAAAAACCUUUUACCCCACGGUGAUGGAUGCACAAAGAAACAGUAAAAGUACAAUUUGGGACUAUUUUAGUGAACCCUUCCCAGGACAGGCAAUGUGCAACACAUGCAAAACCAAUGUGAGCAUGGGAUCUGCAACUGCAAAAACAACGAAUACAUCCAAUCUUUGGACCCAUCUAAGAAUUCAUCAUGUUGAAUUAUUUAAUGGAGCACGGAAAACAAAUGAAAAGGAAUCAUGUGAAACACCAACUCUAUUCCAGACAAACAUAAAAGACCUAUUUCAGAAACGCACAAAGUGGCAAAAGUCCGAUGAAAGAUCCCAACUUCUGGACAGGGCAAUCACAGAGAUGAUGGUUACGGAUAACCAGUCAUUUACAAUGGUGUCUGACUCUGGCUUUAAGCGCUUGAUGUCCAUAGUUGAGCCAAGGUACACACUGAAAAAUGAAAAGUUUUACAGAACCGAAAUGCUGCCAAAGAUUCAUCAGAAGGUGAUUCAGAAAGUAAAAACAAUAUUACAACCAGAGAACGCCGGUAAUUCACUCUCAUUCACUACGGACUGCUGGUCCGGAUCAACAGAAUCACUAAUGAGUCUUACGUGUCACUUCAUUGAUAAUGGAUGGACAAAAAGGCAGUUGGUUUUGAACACAAAGGUGAUGCAAGGAUCCCACACUGGCGAGUACAUCAAAGAAAUGUUUCUAGGCAUGCUUGAUGACUGGGGGAUAAGCAAAGAUAGAGUGCUGCUUGUGCUUCGAGACAGCGGAGCAAACAUGGUGAAAGGAAUGAGGCUUACUGAAGUGUCAGAUCUCAGCUGCAUGGCACACACCCUGCAACUUGUAGUAAAUGAUGGUCUGUCAAGACAGAGAACUGUGAUCGACAUAAUUGCCAUGCUAAAGAAGUGCGCAAGUCAUUUCCACCAUUCAUUCAUUGCCAAGCACCGACUGAGGUGCAUUCAGUCAGACCUUGGCCUGCCCAAAAGCAGCCUGAUUCAGGCUGUUCCAACAAGGUGGAUCCACAUGUUACAAAGAAUGCUGGGACAAAAGCGAGCUCUUAGCAUCUAUGCUGGUGAGCAUGGAGGCUAUUCUUGCCCUAAUGCUGAUCAGUGGGAGAUUGUAGCAAAUCUUAUUCAGACCCUCCUCCCAAUAGAGGAAGUGACCCUAGAGGUUAUCCAUUACGACUCAAGUGUGUCAACAGUUAUUCCAUGUGUGAGAGUGCUGAAGAUGCUUCUUCAAGAGAAUGAAGGGCCCACUACACGUGGAAUUAAAACACUCAGGGAGGUUAUGAACGAAAGCCUCAACAAACGUUUUUUGAAGUAUGAAGAGAAUAUAAACGUAGUGUUGGCAUGUCUUUUAGAUCCCCGAUUCAAACAUCAUGCUUUCUUUUCUGAUAAUGUAUUGGCCAAGGCAAAAAAAUGGCUGACAGAAGAUAAUAUGCAAAAGGAGCAAGAUGAUGAUGCAACAGAAACCUACAAAUUCCCAAAAAGGAAACACAUGGAAAAAAACAAAAUUGAUGCCAUGUUCAGCGUUUUAUUGGGGCCUCAUGUAGGGGAUUCUCUAACUUCACCAAAAGUCAGCCUUGACAAUGAGCUUAAUCUUUAUUUAAAAGAGCCAGUGAUCAAUAGAAAGGGCAAUCCACUUGAGUGGUGGAAAGAAAAUGAGACACGCUUUAAAACCCUUGCUUCUUAUGCCAGAAGAUACCUUUGCUCUCCACCCUCCUCUGUACCUAGUGAGCGUGUUUUCAGUGACGUGUCAGCAAUUUAUGAAAGAAACAGAAGCCGUUUAACAGGAGAACAUGCAGAAAUGUUGUGCUUUCUGCACUACAAUGUACUCCUUCUCAACUGGAAUUAUUGAAGAAAUUCUAAAGUUUUAGAUUACUUUAGCAUACUUUUCAUAAAAAUGUUAUUUAAUGUCUGUCUUAACUCUUUUGUGUAACCUUGAAGCUGGAUAGCAGGUUAACAUGGCUUGGCAUUCGCUGAAUGAUCUGGGUUGCUCAGGAACUGGUCCUGUGUGUAGUGCCCACUACUAUUUCCUCUGCUCCCCAAGACCAAUACCUGUAUGAUUGUCUAGCCUUAUAGGUUAUGCUACCUAUCGUUACUCAGCUAGAAAGCUUAAGUUACUCAACAUUUAUCUUGUUUUAAAUGUAAUAUUCUUUAGUAUAUGCAUUAAACCAUGUGUUUAAAUUACUUUAAAUUGACACUAAGGCUAAGCAGUUAGGCAACAAAACAAAUGUAGCUUAAAGGGGUA